AUGAAGGCAGCGUUUCUAAACGGAUUGAAGGAAGCGAUACGUGCAGAAUUGAGGGUCCAUCUUCCAGAAGAUCUAUCUCAGAUGAUGAAGAUAGCUCAAAGGAUAGAGGAGAAGGAGAAUAUUUUGGGCCAAAAUGGAGCGUUAUUGGGCCGAAAUGGAGUUGGGUCCGGUUCGUGGGGUGGACUUGGGACAAGGACUGCAUUACCCAACCGUGAGACUAGAGGAAAUGGGAUGGGUUUUCAGAAUAGUGGCCGAAAUAGGCCUCAAAGCACAGCCCAAAUGAGUAGGGCUCAAUCUGAAGGCAACACUCAAACCACAGCAAGUAGUGGAGGUAAUGUCAAUCUGACCCGAAACGUUAACCAAGAGAAUGGAGGUGGGGGCAACGCAGGGCGAACAGCCGCGUCGUCAGGCAGCCACGAUAGACGAAGGGGAUCUCGUUUCCGUCGACUCUCCCAAGAGGAGAUGGACGACCAUUGGAGGCGUAAUCUUUGCUUCCGUUGUUAUGAACCAUUUUUUCCGGGCCAUGUGUGUCAACAUCCUCAAUUGCAUGUAAUGAUUUUAGCUGAAGGAGGUGAAGAACCAGGUGAGGAAGAGUUGCAACUUGCUGCUCAAGACGCGUCAACAGAGGAGACGGUGCAUUUGGGCGUACACAGUGUGGUGGGUUUGACUUCUAAUAAAUCUUUGAAGCUUUUAGGAAAGGUAAAUGGUCUGUGUGUAGUGGUGUUAAUCGACACGGGGGCAUCUCAUAAUUUCUUGGCAACCCAUAUAGUUGAAGCUUUGCGUUUACCGAUGGAUGCAGCGAGGAAAUUCAACGUUGAGGUUGGGGAUGGCCACAGAGUAGUGAGCCCUGGCCGUUGUCGAAACGUGACAUUGGUGCUUCCAAAUUUAAAGAUCACUCAAGAUUUUUUUGUCUUCGAUUUGAGGGGUGUGGAUUUAAUUCUGGGAUAUGAAUGGUUAGUGGAAUUAGGAGAUAUAAAAGAAAAUUUCAAGGAAAGGAUGCUUAAAAUUCCAUGGCAAGGGGCGGAAGUAACUAUCAGUGGGGAUCCCUCACUAUCUUGUAGUGGAAUAUCUUCUAAGGGGUUAGGUCGCUCCUGUAAGAAAGGAGUAGAGAUCUUUUAUAUGGAAUUGGGAUAUUGCUCCGUUAGUGCUGACGAUGAGCAGAAGAAAAUGCCUCUAAUUGUCAAUCUGUUGAAAGAAUACGAGGAUGUGUUUGAACCUCUCUCUGAACUACCUCCAAAGAGGGCUUGUGAUCACAGAAUAAGAAUCAAGGAAGGGGCUUCGAUUCCUAAUAUUCGCCCAUACAGAUACCCUCACUAUCAAAAAGAGAAAAUUGAGAAAUUUGUAAGAGACAUGCUGACAGCUGGUAUGAUACGUCCCAGUACCAGUCCAUAUUCCAGCCCGUUGAUCAUGGUGAAAAAAAAAGAUGGGAGUUGGAGGUUUUGCACUGACUACAAGGCUCUCAAUAAGGUAACUGUGCCUGAUAAAUUUCCGUUACCUGUUAUUGAUGAAUUAUUAGAUGAAUUGGGUGGGGCUGAAAUAUUUUCUAAAUUGGAUUUCAAGUCUGGUUAUAAUCAGAUUAGAAUGAGAGGCAGAUAUUGA